AUGUAUCUAUCUCAUUUUGUUCAUGUUCAUAUCUAUCUCAUUUGUUCAUGUUCAUAUCUAUCUAUCUAUCUAUCUAUCUAUCUAUCUAUCUAUCUAAAUAUAAUCUUAUCUAUCCCAUAUUUUCAUGUUCAUAUCUAUCUAUCUAUCUAUCUAUCUAAUUAUAUUCCUAUCUAUCUCAUUUUGUUCAUGUUCAUAUCUAUCUAUCUAAAUAUAAUCUUAUCAAUCUAUCUCAUAUUUUCAUGUUCUUAUCUAUCUAUCUAUCUAUCUAUCUAUCUAAUUAUAUUCCUAUCUAUCUCAUUUUGUUCAUGUUCAUAUCUAUCUAACCAUAUUCCCUCCUUCCUUCCUUCCUUCCUUCCUUCCUUCCUUCCUUGCUUUAUUCUUUUCUUUCUUUCUAUUUCGUUGUAUUCAUGUGUAUCUGUUUUCAUUCUUAUCCAGGAUGGUUCAUUUUUGUUUUAG